GUAUCAGGUGACGUGAAAUCUUCCGUUCAAUGGCGUUUACCUCCCAAACUGCCUAGAAGUCUCGAGGUUUCUUACAAGUAAUUCCAACUCAUGCAGACUUUCUCUGCUUCUCCUCCGUUCAAGCAUUCCACUUCUCCUUCUUAAUACGUGAAAAUCUUAAAACCCAACGAAAAUGCAGAAAAGUCAAACACGGAUAGUGACGGAUAAUUCUAGGAAUCUAAAAUGGCAUCCAAACCCUCCAAUCUCAAUACACGAUCCCAGAAAUGGAAGAGAGCUGUCGUUGCCUAAAGGUUUUCACAAUGUUUGUUGUGCUUUUGUGGUUGGCAAGCUUGAGAUUGGCUUCUGCUCACGUAAUUGGGUAUGGGGAGCAGCCACUGUCCAAGAUUGCCAUUCACAAGGCAACUUCUGCACUUCGUGAGUCCGUCUCCAUUCAAGCGAACCCAGUUGUUCUUGGGUUACAGGGCGAGGACACUGAAUGGGUAACUGUGGAUCUUGUAAACCCAGAUCCUUCUGAGGAUGAUUGGAUUGCAGUUUUUUCUCCUGCAGACUUCAACUCAUCAACCUGUCUACCAGUGAAUGAUGAAGAUCAAGAACCAUAUAUAUGCACAAGCCCGAUAAAGUUCAAGUAUGCAAAUUCCUCCAAUUCAGAGUAUACAAAAACUGGCAAAGCUGUUUUGAAGUUCCAGUUGAUCAAUCAGCGGGCAGAUUUCUCCUUUGCAGUUUUUUCAGGCGGUUUGACAAAUCCUAAACUGGUGGCAGUUUCAAAUUACAUUUCAUUUGCCAAUCCUAAAGCACCUCUAUACCCACGCCUUGCUCAAGGCAAAUCUUGGGAUGAAAUGACAAUAACCUGGACGAGUGGCUAUGCGAUAGAUGAAGCUGUUCCAUUAGUGGAAUGGGGUCUGAAGGGAGAAACUCAAACUCAAUCUCCAGCUGGAACAUUGACAGUUGAUCAGAACAGCAUGUGUGGUUCCCCUGCACGGACAGUAGGCUGGCGUGAUCAGGGUUUUAUACACACAAGUUUCUUAAAAAAUUUGUGGCCGAACUCUGUGUACACUUACAGGAUGGGUCAUCUCUUGUCCAAUGGUUCAUAUAUCUGGAGCAAAACCUAUUCUUUCAAAUCAUCCCCCUAUCCUGGACAGGACUCGCUACAACGUGUAAUAAUAUUUGGCGACAUGGGGAAGGCUGAGCGUGAUGGUUCAAAUGAGUACAGUGAUUAUCAGCCAGGUUCACUGAAUACUACCGACCAACUCAUCAAGGACUUGAAAAACUAUGACAUAGUUUUCCAUAUAGGAGAUAUGACAUAUUCAAAUGGAUACAUCUCACAGUGGGAUCAAUUCACGGCACAGGUGGAGCCCAUUGCAUCAACUGUCCCAUAUAUGGUUGCAAGUGGCAAUCAUGAACGUGACUGGCCAGAUUCAGGAUCCUUCUAUCAAAAUACAGAUUCAGGUGGGGAAUGCGGUGUGCUUGCUGAGACCAUGUUCUAUGUUCCUGCUGAGAAUAGAGCUAAGUUCUGGUAUUCAACAGAUUAUGGCAUGUUUCACUUCUGUAUAGCCGACAGUGAGCACGACUGGAGGGAGGGAACAGAGCAGUACAAGUUCAUUGAGCAUUGCCUUGCAUCAGUAGAUAGACGGAAACAACCAUGGUUGAUCUUUGCUGCUCAUCGUGUUCUUGGAUAUUCCUCCAAUGAUUGGUAUGCCGAGGAGGGCGCAUUUGAAGAGCCCAUGGGAAGGGAGAGCUUGCAGAAGCUUUGGCAGAAGUACAGGGUGGACAUCGCAUUUUUCGGCCAUGUCCAUAACUAUGAAAGGACAUGCCCCAUUUACCAGAAUCAAUGCGUCAAUUCAGAGAAGUCACAUUAUUCAGGCACCAUGAAUGGAACAAUCCAUAUUGUCGUUGGAGGGGCAGGGAGCCACUUAUCAGAAUUCACCACAGCAAUACCCAAUUGGAGCAUUUACAGAGACUAUGACUUUGGCUUCGGCAAACUGACAGCAUUCAAUCACUCUUAUCUCCUUUUCGAGUACAAGAAAAGCAGUGAUGGAAAGGUAUAUGACUCCUUUACCAUUUCAAGGGAAUACAAAGAUGUCUUGGCUUGUGUACAUGACAGUUGUGAACCCACCACUUUGGCAUCUUGAUCUGUAUCUUACAAUUGUUUGAGGAAAACUUAUGCCUGAUAAAAUUUGGCUCCAGUAUCAAACCUUCCAUUGAUGCAAUUGAGUUGUUAUUAAAGCAAUAAAGGCUAUGA